UAAGGAUAUUCUUGAAAAGAAAAUGUAGGCAAAACCAGGUACUAACAGCAAAAACCAGAUUUAGUCUCUACUUUGUUUUUUAUUAAAGGAAAGGAAAAAAAAAAUAGUUGUUAAGAGGUGUUUUUGGCAAGGUGGGGUUUCUUAGCUUCACAGAAAAUGUGUAACUCAGAAAAGCAUAAAGUUUCUGAUUUUUGAAACCUUCACAUAUAGAAAUGUUUCUGGUAUUACCUAAUUUAUCAGAAACUCAUGUAUGCAAGUUCAUUUCACACCCUUGAAACCUUUUAAAAAACUUUUCCCAUUAUGUCAAAUGACCAAAUCACAUAUUUGAUAUUUUUGGUCUACAAUAGGAAAAAAAAAAUCCAAGCAGAAUCCAUCUUUUAAGUUGUUAAGGAAGGUCAAUUUGUCCUUUUUGAAAAUCCAUAGACAAGUGGUUUCAAGAAAUGGAGUAGAUAGUUAUAUAUAUAUAUAGCCACACCUGAGUUCUUAACACACUUGUAACCAUAAGUUUUCUUUUCUGUUUCUUUUGGUGGAAAGAAUCUUGAAUCUUGAAACAAUGUCUUCCGUGUCAAUGUCAUCUGAAGAAACUGACCAUUCUCAAGAGAGGAAUCUUGAUGAGAGCUCAACACAGGAACCAAGUGGAGGGAUGUCUUUUUCUUCCUCGGAUGAAAUUAAUGAAUAUCAGCAAAAUACAGUGACUUUUGAUCAGGUUGUGACUGGAGCUCAAUCAUUUUAUCCUCAAGGACACCAAGGUGAAUUUGGAAAUUAUGCUGCAAACACACCAAUGUUAAGCCCUCCACAAGCAGAUAUUUCACUCCUUUCUGCAUCUGCUACAUCAGUGGAGUCAUCUCAGCAAGAUCUGCAAUUUUCCUCACUCAAUCCUGUUCAAGACAUGGGUUUCAACCAGAGAAAUCGUUCAAGUGCUCCUCCAGCAAAUAACAUGAACACUCAAAACCAACUGAUUGAUCCUUCAGACAUUCCUGAACACUUGAAUCUGUCUCAAACAAUGGAGUUGAUGAAUCAAGGUGGUGUGCCCUCCAUGAAUCAACCAAUGAGAAGUUUGGGGAGCUCAUCUUCUUUUGGGAUCAUGAACAAUUAUCAUCUUCCCAUAUCGAACUUGCCAGCAGAAUUUCGCUUGGAAUCAUCCUCAAGGCUUCAACUCCCCCAGGGCCAGCAACAAGACUUGCAAACCACACCAGAAAUUGGGGAUGAUGGAAUUCCUUUCAUGAGCAAGAAAUGGACUAAUUGGCAUGUCCAGAACCAGAAUACCAUGCAUGAGUCUCCAACUGGAACCAGGACACAAGAAAUUCAAGUCCAGGGAAUGAUGGACCAGGUUGAUGGACAAGGAACAUUUUAUCAGGGCAUAAACACUUCAAAUCAUCAUGUCCAAGUUCCCAACAUGCCAAUUCAACAGGGAAUGAAUCCCUUUGGAACAGGACCAACUCUUCCUAUUCAUCCUGAAGGCUUUUCAGCUAGUAAUCAGAAUAGGAUGCAGGGAAAUUUUGUGAAUUCCGGCCAGUAUGAAGCAGGAGAGUCAUCACGGAGGUCUUCCAAGAUGAAAAUGACUUGGCAAGAAAACAGCAACUUCUCACAAUCUUCCAGUCAUCAACAGCCUACUUGGGUUUCUCCAUCUCAAGGUUCUCUAAGCCAGAACAAUAUCUCAGCUGCUCAGAACCCAAGGGCCAACACUCUCAGGAGUACAGUUUAUGAUCCAAUAUAUGAACAAAUGGGUUUACCAAUUGAUCCUCAUUUGCGCAUGUUUAUGUUAAGGCAUGGAACUGGUAAUAAUGGUGGAGGUCAUCCCCGGAGUUUCUAAUCGUUGGAGCUGUCUUUCUUCUCACAAUAAUGUUAGAUGCAGCUUUGCAGAUCUAACCCUUUACAAAUUUUACAAAAAAUCCUUUAUUAAAACAAAUAAUACCAGUUUGUCUUUAUUGAAAGAAAUGAUACCCAGUUAGUUAGUCCAGGCUUUUUGGUAUUAAAUAUGCCAAACGAGAUAAAAGUUUGAAACAAUGUAUAAGUUACUAAUGAUUAGUGUUUAAUGAUUGUUAGCCAACUUAAGUAGUGUAUUCUUCCCUUGUAUUUUGUUUGGCUUCCUAUACCAAGUCAUUGUCGGACCACAUAUCCUAUCAUAUGGUUUAUUCUGUAACUUUAUAUUUUUAUUUUAUGGAUUAAUAAUGUUGCUAAAUUUCUAAAA